AUGGCUCCUUCGGCGACCAGCACCGAGUGGGAUCACCAAUACAACACCCUCCGCCGCGAGAAUCUCUUCAGGAACCCCCCCAAAGACCACACGGCCUAUCCGGCUCUGCAAGAAGCUGUCAGCCCGCACAUCGACUCCUUCAAUGCUUUGUUCAGAGCCGACGGCAAGGGCCUCCUCGCCCGAGGCUUGGAGGACAUCGGCGUCAAAUCCUACCUCGACGGCGACGACAGAACCGGACCCGAGGGCAAGAAUCGCUUGACCAUCAAAUACAAGGGCGUGUCACUCCAGAAGUCUCAGCUGCCCCCCUCCAACAAGUUCGCCCGCAAUCGCGAGAUUCUCCCGUCCGAGUGCAGAGAACGACAUUGCACCUACCGAGGCAGACUUUCCGCGACAUUCGAGUACAGGAUCAACGAUGGUGAUCCCAAGGAGUUCGUUCGCGAGCUCGGCCAGGUCCCUAUUAUGGUCAAGUCCAACAGGUGCCACUUGGAAGGAAACUCGCCCGCACAGCUGGUGCAAAAGAAGGAGGAGUCGGAGGAGUUGGGCGGAUAUUUCAUCGUGAACGGCAACGAAAAAAUCAUCCGAAUGCUACAGGUCAACCGACGAAAUUUCCCCAUGGCCAUCAACCGCCCCAGCUUCCAGAACCGUGGCCAAGGCUACACCCCGUACGGUAUCAUCCUCCGCUCCGUCAGGCCCGACGAAACAUCGCAAACCAAUGUCUUGCACUAUUUGAGUGACGGAAACAUGACCUUCCGGUUCUCUUGGAAAAAGAAUGAGUACCUCAUCCCGGUCAUGAUGAUCCUCAAGGCGCUGGUAGAGACCAACGACCGCGAGAUCUUUGAAGGGCUGAUUGGCCUGUCGCACUCCAAGUCAGCCAAGAACACCUUCCUGACGGACCGCGUUGAGCUACUCCUCCGCACCUACAAGUCGUAUGGCCUAUACAGCAAGACCGAGACGAGAGCCUACUUGGGCGAGAAGUUCCGCGUAGUGAUGGGCGUUCCGGAUACCAUGUCCAACUAUGAUGUUGGUACUGAGUUCUUGCGCAAGAUCGUGCUUGUCCACCUGGGCAACGUAAACGUCACUGAGAAGGAAGACAACGACAAGUUCAGGACUUUGCUGUUCAUGAUCCGGAAGCUCUACGCGCUUGUUGCUGGGGACUGUGCCGUCGACAACCCGGAUGCCCUUCAGAACCAGGAGGUUCUUCUCGGAGGCUUCCUUUACGGAAUGAUUAUCAAGGAACGUCUCGAGGAAUUCCUGACUACCGCUGUCAGGCUGUCUUUGAGAGAAUGGUGCAGAAAACACCCCGCCACGCCAUUUACAUCUCAAGAAUUCGCCAAGGAAUUCCCGGGAAACAUCUUCAGACACGCCAACGAGAACGUCGGAAACGGAUUGGAGUACUUCCUGUCCACGGGCAACUUGACGAGUCCUUCAGGUCUUGACUUGCAGCAAACGGCCGGUUUCACAGUCGUCGCGGAAAAGCUCAACUUCCUCCGUUUCAUCAGCCAUUUCCGAAUGAUCCACAGAGGUGCUUUCUUCGCCGAGCUCAAGACCACAACGGUUCGAAAGCUUUUGCCCGAAUCCUGGGGUUUCAUGUGUCCAGUACAUACUCCCGAUGGUGCUCCCUGUGGCCUGCUGAACCAUCUGGCACACAAGUGUAAGAUCAUGACCGAGUCUGUCGAUGCUUCCAAGAUUCCCGCCCUUGUGACGGAGCUGGGCGCCGUGCAGACCUCUUCCGCUGCGACUGACGAAAGCGUUGUCAUUAUGCUUGACGGCAGGAUCAUCGGCUUCUGCACUCCCCGCGAGUCCCUGAGAAUCGCAGAUACCCUGCGCCACUGGAAGGUCGAGGGUACCCACGGCGUGCCUCUGCAACUCGAGAUUGGAUACGUCCCUCCCUCCCACGGCGGCUCUUACCCCGGAGUCUACUUGGCGUCUGCGCCCGCACGUAUGGUCAGACCCGUCAAGUAUCUUCCUUUGGACAAGGAAGAUUUCGUUGGGCCCCACGAGCAGCCAUACAUGUCGAUCGCCGUUGUCGAGAAUGAGAUUGUUUCCGGAGAAACAACGCAUGUCGAGUUCAGUCCUACGAAUAUGCUGUCUAUUCUGGCGAACAUGACCCCUUUCUCAGAUUUCAACCAGUCACCCAGAAACAUGUACCAGUGUCAGAUGGGUAAGCAAACCAUGGGAACACCGGGAGCUGCUCUGCGUCACAGAACCGACAACAAGAUGUACCGGUUGCAAAGUGGCCAGACUCCCGUCGUACGAUCGCCUCUGCACAACGCUUACGGUUUCGAUAACUUUCCCAACGGCACGAACGCUGUCGUGGCGGUCAUCUCGUACACUGGCUACGACAUGGACGACGCUAUGAUCUUGAAUAAAUCAGCACAUGAAAGAGGCUUUGGACACGGUACCAUCUAUAAGACGAAGAAGGUCAGCCUCAAGGACGAGUCGAGAACUAGGUCUGUGAAGAACAUCACCAAGCUCUUUGGCUUCGCUCCCGGUGGCUUCGUCAAGGGGCACUACCGCGCCGCUCUUGACGAGGACGGGUUGCCAUUCGUCGGCCGCAUGGUCCAAGAAGGAGACGUCCUCUGCGCGUGGCACACGGUGUCAGCAGACUACAGCGGCAAGCUGAUCAACCUCGACGGACAAACCCACUAUGAGAAGUACAAGGAAUCUGAGACAGCCUUCAUCGAAGAAGUCCGCGUUAUCGGAAGCGAGACGGGCAACGAGCCCGCUCAGACUGUUUCUAUCAAGCUGCGAAUUCCUCGAUCUCCAGUCAUCGGUGACAAGUUCUCCUCUCGUCACGGACAGAAGGGUGUUGCCUCUCAAAAGUGGCCAGCCAUCGACAUGCCCUUCUCUGAAUCUGGUAUGCAGCCGGAUGUUAUUAUCAACCCCCACGCUUUCCCUUCUCGUAUGACAAUCGGCAUGUUCGUCGAGUCCCUCGCCGGAAAGGCGGGAGCCCUUCACGGUCUGGCGCAAGAUUCGACGCCAUUCAAGUUCAACGAGGAAAACACGGCGGCCGACUACUUUGGCCAUCAACUGAUGAAGGCUGGCUACAACUACCAUGGUAACGAGCCCAUGUACUCGGGCAUCACUGGAGAGGAACUGGCGGCAGACAUUUACGUUGGAGUUGUCUACUACCAGCGUCUCCGUCACAUGGUUAACGACAAGUAUCAGGUCCGAACGACCGGACCAGUCGUGCCAACCACGGGCCAGCCCAUCAAGGGAAGGAAGCGCGGUGGUGGUAUUCGUGUGGGAGAGAUGGAACGUGAUGCUCUGCUCGCUCACGGCACCGCCUUUUUGCUGCAGGACAGACUGCUCAACUGUUCCGACUACACAAAGACGUGGAUCUGCCGGAGCUGUGGUUCUUUUCUCUCGGUUCAACCGACGGUCUCGCCGUUCGUGGGCAAGAAGAAGCAAGUCACGACGGUGCGAUGCAGAAACUGCGCAACCCAGCUGGACGCCGGUGAUGCUGUCAGUGCUGCCAAGGUCGAGGGGGAGAUCUGGGAGGACGGACAGGGCAACCAGUGGGUUGGAGGAGAGAACACGACGAUGGUUGUCGUUCCUGGUGCGCUCAAGUACCUGGAUGUUGAGCUGGCAGCUAUGGGUGUCAAGCUGAAGUACCGCGUCGAUUCCCGCGACGCACCCCGCAAGGGCCCAUUGAAGCCCAUGUCAUCAUUACCAUAG